GAACUGGAGGCUAAAGAAGCUUGUAAUUGGCUGCAGGCAGCUGGAUUUCCGCAGUAUGCCCAGGUCUAUGAAGCGGCACUGUUUCCGUUAGACAUCUCCUCUGUGAAAAAAGACCAUGAGUUUCUGGACCAGGAUUCACUGAAGUCACUAUGCAGGAGGCUGUCAACCUUGAACAAAUGUGCCUCUAUGAGACUGGAGGUCCAUUUUCAGUGCAAACAGAGUGAAGAUUCUGAGGAGGAUGACCUGUGUGCCAUCAGUGACCGCUGGGCUUUCCAACGAGAGAGUAAAACGUGGUCGCGACUGCGUACCCUUUCCCCGCACAUCUCCCCCAGCGUGGAGGUCCUCUCCUCCACCACCCUGCUCCCCAUGAGGGCCUCAGCCAGUAGCGAAAGCAUCAUGAGUGACUUCAGUAACCUGGAGGUCACCUCCACCCACAGCAGCAGCAGCCUGAGUGUGGAGAGUGCCAGAGAAACCACGUCCAGCAGGGGAACCCCCUUCAGUCAGGUCACCAGCACGGCAGAGCCCUACACCCUCACCUCCCACCAUGAAUCCCGUGGCUCCCAAUCUCUCAACGGACCCACCCUGAGCAGUGAGGACCAAACUGCAUUUCCCAAAGACCUGGUUACUGUUCCUGUCUGCAGAGAGAAGACCAAGAGGUGUUCCAAGACCUUCCUGAGGAGAAUGGAGUUGUUCAAGAGAAAAGAGAAAGAGAGGGAAGUAACAGAUGGCCAAGUUGUGACCACUCAGCUGCAGCUCCCACUAACCCCUGGCAGUUUGCAUUGCACUCCCAAUGAAAGUCUACCUGGUUUAAAAAAGAACACUACAGGUAAUAGCAGUGUAAAUUACAGCGGAAAGGCCCAUACGAUCUGUCGAAUGACAGCCAGUAGGUUCCCAGUUGUGGCCAGAGCUAAGGUGAAGAACAGUUGGCUCUAUCUAGAGGACUAUGAGAUGGGAGGGUGGAAGGGAUCUAAACAGGUUAGUCAGAAGAGUGGCUAUGGAAAUGGAAUAGAUUGUCUGGUUCAUCUGCCAAUGGACCACAAGUCAGGAACAUUCCCCAAAUCCCUAUCCAUCGAGAGCCUGUGCACUACUUCCAACUUUCACGAGCUGGGUGGAUGGCAGAUGGAGGACGUCAACCUCUCCUUGGGCAGCAGUCAGGAUUCCCAGGACUUCAACAUGUUUCCUAGAAGAAGGAACUUGUGUUCCUCCAUGGGGAGCAUCUAUGACAAUAUGCCUGAGGCUAGUGGCAGUUCAGAUGAGUUGAGAGAAAAGGUAUUUGAGCAUCUGGAUGAUAUCCUUCAACAUGUCCAUGGCCUUCAGCAGAAUAUAGACCAGUGGUGUCAGGAGCUCAAUGACGAGCAUGAGGAGGAGGACAAUGACGAGACCAGAGAAACAGCAUGCUCCUCCAGCCUCCAUUUUGAGGAGCAGUCUAUGUCAGAUGUAGGCACAAUGGCCAGUGACUACGACAGCACAGGAAACUCAUUGAAUGAGGUGGAGGAUGUUGAGAUGAGAGAAAGGAGGGACUCAGGAGUGGGCGCUUCCUUAACCAGGCCAAGCAGGAAGCUAAGGUGGUAUAGUUUCCAGAACUCUCACAGGCCGAGCCUGACUUCAGCCUCCCAGGAGAUUAACCGCCAGUCAGCCGCUCAGCUCAACCUGCUGCAGAAGUUCUCUCUGCUCCGGCUCACUGCUAUCAUGGAGAAGUACUGCGAACCCAACAAACAUGGCUGGAGCUGGUCAAUUCCUAAGUUUAUGAAGAGAAGUAAGGUCCCUCACUACAGGGACAAGCAGGUUUUUGGUGUCCCGCCAAUCAUCAAUGUCCAAAGGAGUGGGCAACCCCUACCCCAGGGCAUUCAGCAGGCCAUGCGCUACCUCCGCAGCCAAUGUCUGGAAAAGGUUGGCAUUUUCCGUAAGUCUGGGGUGAAGUCUAGGAUCCAGACUCUGCGUAAGCUGAAUGAAAAUUCUCCAGAUCAUGUGAGCUACCAGGGCCAAUCAGCCUACGAUGUGGCCGACCUGCUGAAACAGUACUUCAGAGACCUGCCUGAGCCCGUCCUCACCACCAAGCUCACUGAUACCUUCCUGCAGAUCUACCAGUGUGUCCCUAAGGACAUGCGUCUUCAGGCAGCCCAGGCUGCAGUCAUCCUGCUGCCUGACGAGAACCGGGAGGUCCUGCAGACCCUGCUCUACUUCCUCAGUGACAUCGCUUCUGCUGAGGAGAACCAGAUGACAGCUGGGAACCUGGCCGUGUGCCUGGCCCCCUCCAUCCUGCACCUCAACGUCUCCAAGAAGGAGGGCACCUCCCCUAGAUUAAUCCACCGAAAGGGGGCAGGUGGAAAACCAGACCACAAGGACCUGAGUGAGAACAUGGCUGCCAGUCAAGGGCUCAGCCACAUGAUUGUGGAAUGCAAGAAAUUAUUCCAGAUCCCUCAUGAGAUGAUGUUGCAGUCGCGGAAGUCCUACGUCGCAGCAGAUGCCCAGCCACUCCCUCUCUACGGCCUGGGCCUGAACAUGAAGGGCAAUCCUGUGGAUUACAGAGCCUACCUGGAGGAUAACAUCCAAGCUGUACUGAGGGAGGCCAUAGCAAAGAGCAAAGGAUGGCACAGUGCCCCAGGCCCAGAGAACACAGAGCUGACCUACAAGAAGGUAGGUGAUGGCCAUCCCAUCCGUCUUUGGAAAGUGACCACAGAGAUCGAGGCCCCGCCCCAGACAGUGUUGCACAGAGUUCUACGUGAGCGCCACCUGUGGGAUGAUGACCUACUACACAGCCGUGUAAUCGAGGCUCUAGAGGACAACACAGAGGUGUAUCACUUUGUGACAGACAGCAUGGCACCUCAUCCCGGCAGGGACUUCGUAGUGCUGAGGCGGUGGUGUAGAGACCUUCCUCGGGGCCUAUGUCUGCUAGUGUCCUCCUCUGUGGACCAUGACAACGUUCACCUGGAAGCGGGGCUACGGGCAGUGCUGCUAACCUCACGGUUCCUGAUUGAGCCCUCUGGGAUGGGCCGGUCCAGGCUGACGCACUACUGCAGAGCGGACCUCCGGGGACGAUCACCUGCGUGGUACUGCAAAGUGUUUGGCCAUCUCUGUGCAGUGGAAGUUGCUAGGAUACGGGGCUCCUUCCCUAUGCUCACAGCGAGAGGAACAGAGACAAAGCUUUGA